UCAUUCUCCUCAUGGGUAUAUUCUCGAUGUACACUGGCUUUGUGUACAACGAUAUUUUCUCCUUAUCCAUGAACAUUUUUGGUUCUGGAUGGACAUUAAAUUAUAAUUCAUCCACUGUGAUGGAGAAUGAAGAAUUAACUCUUGACCCAAAAACAGAUGCUGGAGAAGCAUAUCCUAUUGGUUUAGAUCCAAUGUGGCAGCUGGCUACCAACAAAAUUAUUUUCUUGAACUCCUUUAAAAUGAAGUUGUCUAUCAUUUUCGGCGUCGUUCACAUGAUUUUUGGAGUUUGCAUGGCCGUAUUCAAUCACGUUCAUUUCCGCCAGAAGAUCAGCAUAUUAGUAGAAUUUUUGCCCCAAUUGGUCUUCUUAGUUCUUCUCUUUGCUUACAUGGUGUUCAUGAUGUUUAUUAAAUGGAUUUUGUACUCUGCAAAUAAUACAGACAUCAGAUUUGAACCCUGCUGCGCACCAUCAGUUUUGAUUCUGUUCAUUAACAUGAUGUUAUUCAAGCAAGGAUCUCCAGCAGAACAAUGCGAUGAAUUUAUGUUUGAAGGACAACAGCAAAUUCAAAAAAUAUUUGUGUUAAUUGGGCUCUGCUGUAUUCCGCUCAUGCUCUUAGGCAAACCAUUAUAUUUGAUGGAAGCUCCUCAUUCUGCUAAAUCAAAUGGUGAUUUAAACCAAGGAAUGGAAAUGACUUCAGACGUUGUCUCCAGCCAAGAAAACGGUAUGCCAGAGGCACCAAAGGCACCGCCAAAAGCAGCUCAUGGAGAACACGAAGAAGAACCCAUGAGUGAAAUUUUCAUUCACCAAGCAAUUCAUACCAUUGAAUACGUACUGAGUACAGUAUCUCACACCGCCUCUUAUUUGCGUCUGUGGGCCCUGUCACUUGCUCACGCACAACUUUCAGACGUAUUGUGGAAAAUGGUGUUGUCCAUGGGAUUGAGCCAAACAACAUAUACUGGCUCGAUUAUGCUCUAUGUGAUAUUCUGCGUGUGGGCACUAUUCACAAUUGCCAUCCUAGUCAUGAUGGAAGGCCUUUCUGCGUUCUUGCACACACUGCGUCUUCACUGGGUGGAGUUCAUGAGUAAGUUCUACUCUGGUUUGGGUUAUUUGUUCCAACCCUUCUGCUUCAAAACUAUUUUGGACGCGGAGGAUAAGGAAGCAGAAUAAUCAAUUUAUCUAUUAUUUAAAUAAAUUAAAAAAACAAAUUAGUUAUAAAGAAGUUAUAAAAAAGUAAAUUAUUGUUAAAAAUUGAUUUUCAAAGGUCUGUAAGUGUUUUUGAAUUAGCACUAAUUUUGUAGU